UUCUCUGGAUGAAAUGCCAGUAGCCUUGGAAGUGCUAUAUCUGACUGCAGGAAGGUGGAACAUCAGAUAAAAAAAAGUGGAUGCACUUUGUGCACCAUCACAAGAAGGGUUCAUAUACUGGACAUUACUGUGCAUUCAUCAGCCCACCUAGUGCCGGCUGUGGUCCACCAGCGGAACAAGAACGAGGCAGAGAGAGUUUGUUUCCAAGUCAGAAUGCCUGAGACAGAGGCCAAGAUCCAGGUGUUCACAGUACUGGAGUCAGGAGAGGCAGCAGCGAAUGGAGGCCCGAGCAGCACAGACCAGAAGAGGUCCAUAUAUGAGCAAUAUGUGCAGCCCUGCCUGGCUGAGUUGUUGGGGACCACACUGUUUGUGUUUGUGGGGUGUGCAUCUGUUAUUGGGAAUAUGGACACGCUUACGCUUAUCCAGCCUGCUGUGGCACAUGGACUGAUUGUGAUAGUGCUCAUCAUGAUGUUCGGAGAAAUUAGUGGGGCCCACUUCAACCCUGUGGUGUCCCUGUGCAUCUACCUGUGUGGAGGGAUGGAACUGGUUCUGCUAUUGCCCUACGUCGUGGCUCAGUUGUUAGGAGGGAUGAUUGGUGCUGGUCUGGCCAGAGUAAUGUACACCUCUGAUUUGUAUGGUGCUUCCCUUGGAGGAGCCCUUAACCCCACCACCAGCGACCUGGGUAAAGCCACACUGACAGAGGUAAUGAUGACCCUAAUCCUCACCAUGGUGGUGUGCAUGGGGGUCGUGAACAGUAGAACCCGCACACCGUCGGCUCCCUUCUGCAUCGGCCUUACUGUGACUGCAAACGUAUUUGCCGGAGGGUUGGUAUCCGGUGCGUGUAUGAACCCUGCCAGAGCCUUUGGUCCUGCAGUGGUUGCCGGCCACUGGGCUCAUCACUGGAUCUACUGGGUUGGACCCAGCUGUGGUGCACUGCUCACUGUCAUCUUUAUCAGGUUGUUGUUUGGUGACCAGAAGACUCGAGUUGUGCUGAAGACAAUGUCUAAUGUACUAAAGAGGAAGAGAGAAAGGACAUCCUGACUGACAUGUAUGGUCAUACAUACAUCAGCAGUUAAAUCGUGUUACCUAAAUUUGUCAGAAAAAUGUGUGCAGAUAGAUUUGUCUUUGGGUCAGGUAGAUUUGUCGGCUCAUACUGAAUGAAAUGUUUGUGUUUGAAGAUUCAGUAGCGUUUGAUAAUGCAAUAAGAAUAUGGUAGCUACU